UAUAUUAGUUUAAAUAUAUGUAAACUGCUGCCUCAUUGUACAAUUCAAUACCUUAUUUACUAUUGGCCCAGCACGGAUGAAGAAAGGAUCUGAUGCAAGAAACUACGGGCUCACUUUGCGCCUCGCUAAAUUCAGUAUACACCAUCAUUCAGGCACCUCCAGCCAACACACACACACAUACACACACAGCACAUGUACUCGUACAGUAGCACAUGUUAAUAGAGAACCUAUUAACCCCUGCCAGUGUUUCCUCUGUUAGGACGGCCGUGAGCAGCAGCAGCAGCAGCAGCAGCAGCAGCAGAGGGGCUGACGGUAAAUGAGAGGCAGUCACCAUGCCCCCGGGGAAGUAUGGGAUGCAGGAGGAAUGGGAGAAGGAGGGCGUCUGGGAGAUCAUGAUGGACUUCCUGCUGCCCACUGGGAUCUUCCUCAAAUUCCCUGUGUCUCGGAAUGACACCAUCAACAGCAUCAAAAAGAUGGUUUGGAAAAAUGCCAGGAGCGAGGCCCUCUUCUUCGCCCUGGGCGACCCCGAUGCUUACGUCUUCACCUGCAUCAACCAGACAGCGGAGCGGGAGGAGCUGGAGGAGGAAUCGAGGCGCAUCAGCGACGUGCGGCCCUUCAUGUGCGUUCUGAGGCUGGUGGCGAGGGAGGGCGACCGGGUGGAGAAACUCACCAACACGCAAAUCAGCCUGUUGAUUGGCAAAGGUCUGCAUGAGUUUGAGGCCCAGAAGAACCAUGAGGUGAAUGAGUUCCGGACCAAGAUGCGCACGUUUUGUGAGAACAAGGCCCAGGAACGGCAGAUGUUGCCGUGGCAGCAGUGGAUGGAGUACAGCUUCCCGUGCGACCGGGAGCCGUGCGGCUCGCCGCCACACAGCGGGAACCCCAAGUCCAAAAACACCAAGAAGAUGUUCAUUAACGUCAAGUUUGAGGCGUGCGAUGAAAGCUUCAUGCUGCAGCAGGACCCCCAGGACCACCCGAUGGCUCUGAUGAGGAGCGCCCUGAAGAAGAAGGCCACUGUGUUCCGCUCGGUGCGGCAGGAGGCUGAGGACUACACCCUGCAGGUCAACGGGAGGUGGGAGUUCCUCUACGGGAAACAUCCCUUGUGCCAGUUCAAAUACAUUUUCUCGUGUUUGAGAAACGGCCAGAACCCUCAUCUGACCAUGGUGCACCACACCACCAUCAGCAAGUUUCAGGAGGAACAGGGCAGGAUGUGCAACCAGGUAUUCAAGAGUCGCUCCCAGUCCAGACCUCCUCCGCUGCCGCUGAAGAAGCAGAAUACCUCUUCACUGUGGUCCAUCAAUGAGCCGUUCAGCAUUCACCUGCUGCAGGGCAGCCGAGUCAACGCAGAUGAAGGGAUGAAGCUUGUGGUGCAGGCCGGUCUGUACCAUGGCAGCGAACUGCUCUGCAAGGUGGUGACCAGCUCGGAGGUGACGGUGUGCUCCGAGCCGCUGUGGGAUCAGAAGCUGGAGUUUGACAUGAACGUGGCCGACCUGCCUCGCAUGAGCCGCCUGUGCUUCGCGCUCUACGCCGUCAUCGAGAAAAAUAAGAAACCCCGCGGCACAAAAAAGAAGAACAAGAAAGCUGAUUGUCCCAUAGCCUGGGUGAACACCAUGGUGUUUGACUACAAGGACCAGCUGAAGACCGGGGAGUUCCUGCUGUCCACGUGGCCGUCUGUUCCUGAUGACAAAAGUGAGAUGUUGAACCCGAUGGGUACGGUCGAGAAGAACCCCAACGUGGACAGUGCUGCAGGCCUGCUCAUACGUUUCACCAACAUCCGACCACAUCCUCUUUACUACCCUCCGCUGGACAAGAUAAAUGGCAUAGAGAGGAACGGUGAUGCAGCUGUUGUCACUAAACUGGAGUACUCGAAACUAAAGGAAAUCAUGGACAACAAAAACUACACCGAGUUUUUUGAGGAUGAAAAGGAACUCUUGUGGACGCUCCGGACUGAAGUUUGCCAGCAUUAUCCUGAAAGUUUAUCAAAGCUGCUCCUCAUCACCAAGUGGGGCAAGCGAGAGGACGUAGUUCAGAUGGUGAAUUUACUGAGGAACUGGCCCGACCUCCCUGCCAUCCAUGCCUUAGAGCUCUUGGACUACAGUUUCCCCGACCCAGCGGUGCGGUCUUUCACGAUCAGAUGCCUCAGGAAGCUCAGUGACGAUGAACUACUUCAGUAUUUAAUCCAGCUGGUCCAGGUCCUGAAGUAUGAGUCAUACCUCGACUGUGACCUCACCACUUUCCUGCUGGAGAGGGCCUUAUCCAACAGAAUGAUUGGACAUUUUCUGUUUUGGCAUCUCAGGUCGGAGAUUCAUGUGGCGUCUGUGACUUUGCGCUUUGGCCUGAUUUUGGAGGCGUACUGCAGAGGAAACAUCCACCACAUAAAGCUCUUAACCAAACAGAACGAGGCUCUGGGCAAAAUGAAGGCCCUGAGUGACUUUGUCAAGUCGGGCUCCCAGAAGAUGACGGCCGAGGACCUGAAGCUGUGUAUCAGACAGGAGUCCUACCUGGAGGCCCUGUCCGACCUUCUGUCACCACUCAACCCCAGCAUCAUCCUGCCCGAGAUCUGUGUAAAUAAGUGCAGAUUUAUGGACUCCAAAAUGAAGCCUCUCUGGUUGAUGUACGAGAACCACUGGGCUCCAGGAGACAUGGUGGGCAUCAUCUUCAAGAACGGAGACGAUCUCCGACAAGACAUGUUGACCCUCCAGAUGAUCAGGCUCAUGGCGACGUUAUGGAAGAAAGAAGGCCUUGAUCUCAGGAUGAUCCCUUAUGGCUGCUUGUCCACUGGGAACAAGAUGGGACUCAUCGAGGUGGUGAAGAACUCGGACACCAUCGCCAACAUCCAGCGCAACAACAGUAACAGUGCCGCCACAGCUGCAUUCAACAAGGACGCCCUGCUCAACUGGCUCAAAUCUAAGAAUCCUGAGGACAAACUUGAUGAAGCCAUAGAAGAGUUCACGCUGUCCUGUGCUGGCUACUGUGUAGCUACUUACGUCUUGGGCAUCGGAGAUCGUCACAAUGACAAUAUCAUGAUCAGGGAAACUGGACAGCUGUUCCACAUUGACUUUGGGCAUUUCCUGGGCAACUUCAAGCGGAAACUUGGGAUCAACAGGGAGCGUGUGCCUUUCAUUCUGACGUACGACUUUGUUCAUGUGAUCCAGCAAGGAAAGACAAACAACAGCGAGAAGUUUGAGAGGUUCAGGGAGUACUGUGAGUGGGCCUACAAGAUCCUGUGUCGGAACGGGACGCUGUUCGUGAACCUCUUCGCUAUGAUGAAGGCAGCGGGACUGCCAGAGCUCAGCUCCUUCAAAGACAUCCAGUAUCUAAAGGAUUCUUUGGCUUUGGGCAAAUCAGAGGAUGAGGCACUGAAGAAUUUCAAAGUAAAGUUCAAUGAAGCGCUGCGAGAGAGCUGGAAGACCAAGGUCAACUGGAUGAUGCACUCGUUGGCCAAAGAUAAUAGACCGUGAACACUGAACACCAUAGGACAGCCAGGAAAUAAUGGAUUUUACCUUUAUGGAGAUAAAAAGGGAAGAAAACACAAUCAGAUAUUUGACUUUAUCAAUGGCACUUAAACAUAUUCAUUGACUGUUUACAUCUGUCUGGCCAGUCUGUGGUAAAUGAAGACCAAGUGGAGGCAUCCAAAGACAAUGAGAGAAACAUGGAGUCUUGUUUCAAACCUCUCGGACAAAUCGAAUGUGCUUUUGAUUUGUUUAAAACUGUUACUUGAAGACCACAUGCUAAUGUGAUGUGAUGAAUGUAUCAUGAAUCACUGGAGCAGAAGCAGAGACUGAAACUUCAUUCCACCAACUGCAUCAUUACUCACCAGGGAGCCGACGAUGGAUGAAAUCGAUUUUAGAUGACACAUUUCAGUCACAGAGUUUAGUAGCAGGGCGGCACUUUCACCUCAAAGUCUUUCAUAUGGAUUGAUGUCUGUGUCGUUCCUCUCAUUUCAACUGCCUAUUUGCAAUUGUGUCUUUUUUUAAAUUCUAUUGUAUUUUAUUUAAUUUGAUAACUUUGAAGAACUUGUACAAAGUCAUGAAGGAUAUUUUUAAAAGAUGUUGCAUUUUA